AUGGGAGAUAAAGGCUGUCUUGCUGGGUCUGGGUUUGGUCCCCCAGCACCAGCAGCAGGCUCUGGCUCAGCAGCCUCUAGUACUGCUACUGUGGAGGUGAGUGAGUUAGCUCACUUAGCCGAGUGUGCUGCAAUGAUGGAGGAGGAUUGUGCUAUUGAUGGUGGUUUUGUUAUUGAGGACUCUGAUCCAGAUAGCAUCGUUGAGGCCACUCCUGUUGCUGUUGCUGUUGCGGGUAGACGCAAGCGCAGGGACCGUGAAACUGAUGGGUCAAGCACAUGCGCGGGACUGCAGUACCCGCUGCAGUACCUGUACCACUACCGCGCCAAAGUCUCCGCUGGAAUACCAGAAAUCAACCGCCAUCAGAGCGCCAAGUCGAGCAUCAGGGCCAACCUCAGGGUCUACGUUACGUCAGCCACUACCGUUGCUUUUAAACUGGAAGACGUCGAAUAUUCCGACUGUCACGUCUGUCGGGAAUGCACUUCUGAUCAUGAAUACAUCGCAGCUUUUGAAGAACCUGCGUCACUAUUGGGCCGACAUGCGUUCGGUAUCAACGAACGAGGCCACUUCGUGCACCACGCUGGCGAGAAGGCAUGGGUGCUGAACUUCUAUAAAAGCAUCGUUGGUUUGUUCAACAUUUAUCCCCUGCGCAAUACUUUCUUUGGUACCCACAACGGCACGCGCGCUGGAGCCUACAACGACUUUGAGCAAACCGUAAUGGGGACCUGCAAGACAACGUACACGGAACACAAACUGUCCGGCGUGGCAUUGGCGCAAUAUUCGCAGUUCGUACGCGAACACAUCACCGGAGACCGGCAGCUGAACAACACCUGCGCUGCUCCUCUAGUAGCUAAAUUACCCCCAGGCAGGAAGGCUCGCUCUGUCAGUGGUAGGAAGACAUCCACGACCUCGGGGACCUCGCCCCUCACCAGAUGCGAUCUGCCAAGGAUUACCCGAACUGUCACUCGCGUAGUCCGGUCCGUAAACCUCGAGGAAUGCGUCGACCGAGUGGAGCACCAGGUGAAAGAGCUGGCAUUUUAAUAUUAACGCUCAAAUG